UUUUUUUUGCGUAGACGACUGUCUCAUCUCUCAUCCCUCUCUCCCACUGACAAAAACAGAGAAGAGAGAGAGAGAAACAGAGGAGAGAGAGAGAGCUCGGGAACUGAGCGCCGAAGCUACGACGCUUAAACCUCGAGUUUGUCACUCCCUCACUGCUCAUUCAACAGCUUCCCUCAAGUAGCCUAGGGUUCCUGUUUUUUGAAACGCCAGUUCUCGAAUCGUGACGCGCGGAGAUCUUCCGGUAGUGUGGGUCAGGGAGCUCUGAAGGAGAAAGCAUUUGCAUUGCCAUCCCCCGCCUCCUCGAUAUAAAUAGAAGUUUUAAGGAAAAUAUGCAGACACCAAAAUCAAGCAGAACUGGCUCUUUGGAAGUUCCACCAAGAACAUCUCCUGCGACACCUCGAACUGCCCGCCAACCCAAGACAGCAGUAUCAGAUUCUGACUCAGUUUCCUCUCAUCCAUCAAGUAAGACACCAAAAGACAGGAGUCCUAAAGUCAUUGAACGCCGUUCCCCUAGAAGCCCAGCACCUGAGAAGAAGCGCCCUGGAAGAGUGUUUGAGUUGGAAUCUCAGCUUGCUCAACUCCAGGAGGAUCUGAAGAAGGCAAAGGAGCAGCUAAGCUCAUCUGAGUCAUGGAAAAAGCGAGCUCAGCAGGAGGCUGAAGAUGCCAAGAAGCAACUCACAGCCAUGUCAGCAAAGCUUGAGGAGUCCGAGCAGCAGCUGCUGGACCUUUCUGCUUCUGAGGAAGAUCGUGUUCAAGAGCUCCGUAAAAUCUCCCAGGAUCGAGAUCGUGCAUGGCAGUCUGAACUUGAAGCUGUUCAGAAGCAGCACUCAAUGGACAAUGCCACCCUGGCUUCUGCAAUUAAUGAGAUCCAGAAGCUCAAGAUCCAGCUGGAAAUGGUGGCCGAGUCUGAAGCUGCCCAACAUAGGCAUGCAGAAUCAGCAUAUGCAGAGAUUGAGAACUUGAGACAAGAACUUUCGGAGACACUCUCCCUUGUUCAGAAAAUGAGAACAGACCUUAGUGAUUGCAAGGAAUCUGAAGCACGGGCUCUGGAAAUUGUUAGCAAAACUCAAGCUCAACUGGAAAUGGCAAAGGCAACUGAAGAGACCCUCCGUUUGGAUGGCCUUAAAGCCAUGGAGGCUUGUAACUCUAUAGCUGCGGAGUUGGAGCAAUCAAAGGCUCAAAUAUUUUAUCUGGAGGGAAUAGUAAGCUCACUCCAGGAAGAAGUCAAUAGCGACAUAAAGAGUUCAGAAGAUCCUCCAGGUAAUUCUAAACUUGCACAUGAAGAUGGAGAAAGUGAGGAUUUAAACCAGCUCAAAGCUGAGCUUAAUUUGGUAAAAGUUGAGGCGGAUCAACUAAGAUCUGCAUUAGAUGCAGCUGAGAGUAGGUACCAGGAAGAAUAUAUACAGAGCUCACUGCAGAUUAGAGGCGUUUAUGAACAACUUGAGCGUACAAAAUCAGAGUCGGGCCUGAGAGAAGCUGAAUUGGAAGCAGAACUAAGGAAAGCAAAAGCUGAUAUUGAAGAAUUAAAGGCAAACUUGAUGGAUAAAGAAACUGAAUUGCAGAGUAUUUCAGAGGAGAAUGAAGGACUGAAUUUGAAGAUAGAGAAAAAUCAGUCAAGUGUUCGAAACUCUGAAAUGGAAGUGGAGCUGAAGAAGUUGGGGGCUGAUUUGGCAGAUUUGAAGGCGAAUUUGUUGGAUAAGGAAACUGAAUUGCAGGGUGUAGCGGAGGAGAAUGAAACUUUGAAGUUCGAAAUCAAGAAGAGGGAAAUGGAGAGAAAUAAAAUGAAUGAUGAGACAGUAGCUUCGGCAGAAGCAGCCAAGACUGCAGAGCGAGAGGCACUGAUGAAGCUGGGCUUUAUAACAGAAGAAGCAGAUAAAAAUAGUAGAAGAGCAGCACGGGUGACUGAGCAGCUGGAUGCUGCACAGGCUGCAAAUUCAGAUUUGGAGGCUGAGUUGAGAAGAUUAAAAGUGCAGUUAGAUCAGUGGAGGAAGGCUGCUGAGGCAGCUGCUUCAAUGCUCUCAACUGGUAAUAAUGGAAAAUACAUGGAGAGGACGGGAUCUCUUGACAGCAGCUUUCAUACCAUUGGUGGAAAGCUAGGGUCACCUUCCUCGGACGACAUGGAUGAUGACUCGCCCAAGAAGAAAAAUGGGAAUGUGUUGAAGAAGUUCGGGGUGCUGUGGAAGAAGGGCCAAAAGUGAAUGGAUCAUCUUGGCAGGUUUCAAAUUGUCUGCACUGUGUUAUAUUUUAAAUGUUUGCCUUACUGUUAUGUAAUUGUAUGUAGGGUUUUUUUCUUGACUGGCAUAUUUUGGUGGGAUGGUACUUAUCUGAAUUUCAGUGUUGAGGAGAUAGCUUUCAUUGAAGUCUCCCUCUUUCAAGGGUGUAUAGGCAUGUCAGAAACUGGGAAAUUUUGGUGGUUCCAUUUCAUUUCACCCCCUGUAUCUUUGGAUAAACGCAGCGACUGUAGUUUUUCUUUU